AUGAUGGAGAGAAUAUCAUCUCUCAGAGAAAACCCAACGAACAAUAGUAGCGUCAUAGACUACGAUGGAGAAUCCGUGCAUUCCAAGGGCUCUAACCACUCAAAAACAAGCUCGGUGGUUUUAGGAGGAAAUACAUUGCUAGGCCAGUUUGAAAGCGUAGCCUUCUUCUUUCUUGUUUCCAUAAAGCUACCAAAACCGGUUCCGAAUUUGCUAGUAGUACUUUUCAAUAUCAUGCUGCUAUGGCAAUCAACAAGUCUAGGAUGGGAAUCAGAAUUUGCUUGGGGUGAGAAUGGAAAAUUAGCUGCAAAAGUGAUUGCAGUUCCCCGAACGUUGGGAGCAAACUGGUAUCCUUAUCAAUUAUUUAUGGCCAUUUCCAUCAUACUGGCCGUUUUAGAAAUUAUUUCAAUGUUGUCAAUAUAUUUUGCAUAUAAGGCUCUGCAUCGAGGAAGCAAACAUUCAGAAAAAAUUAAGAACACAGUUCGGACUAUAUGCAUAUUGUUUGGAGUAUUUGGAUUGGCUUUCGUCUUCUCACUCACGUCGUUUUGGGCAUGUGAUUACUCUACACAAGGACUGUUCGAGGAUGGUGUGGCCAAGUAUGCUCUAAGAAGAUUUCCUGAAGUAGCAUGUUGGAACCCACUAAAUGGUUCAUUUGCAGUAAUUUCGUUGGUUUUCAUGAUCAUCCAGAUUCCGCUCACUUUUUUGGGGCUUAUUUUACUGAGCGACACUUGGGUGAACAAACACACUUGGUUGAGUAUGGACAACCCCUUCUUAAUAGCAACGUGGGUAUCACUAAAUCAAGUGUACCUCAUCAUUUCUCAAGCCCUUCCUCCUCAAGCAUUUGUAGCAAGACCUAUACUGUACUUAAUAAUCUCUGUGAUCUUGUUUGCGUAUUUAGUUUAUGACCUACCAUUUCAUCAUAGGAUUGUGAAUUCAGUAUUUGGUGGAGUAUUUUUCAGUAGAAUUGGUGUCGCAAUAUCAAGCAUCGUUUCAUUAGAAGCAAAUCCAACCAAUUCUGAUGAUAUUGGAUUUGGAAUAUUGUUUGGAGUUGGAUUUGGGUCUUUCAUUUUGUUCUUCAUCAUUGGUUUUGCGGUUGUGGAAAUUUAUUCUCAAGUAAUUAGUAGAUACGUGGAGAGACGUCUUCGUGGAUUGAAGAACGACUCUUUGUCUAUAUCUUCAAGCCUCAAGGAGCUGGUUAACCCAAGAGCCUUGUUUCACUACAUGAAAUUUUCUAUUAAGAAGAAAAAUGACAACGAGCUAAUAUCUAACUUUAUUAAGGCAGCAACGAACCAGAGACUGGAAUUAGAUACUUCGAAUUUGAUAAUAUCAGCACUAUAUAUAUUUUACAAAUUAGAGGAAGGUCACACCCCAAGUUUUGCUCUUCAUCUAUUGGCCAAAGCUGCCAAAAAGAACACCAACAUCCUCCAGAGAUACGCAGUUUAUCAGAGAACCAAAGAAAUUGAGGCCGAUUCCUCUCAAGGCAAAAAUUCUCUUGAACUCAGACAUAUCCUGAACACAGUAUCUAACAUGCAAGAAAAAUUGAGACAGUACCAAAAGCUAUUUUGGAAACACUUCGUUUCAAACGAAGAAAACAACGAAAAGGUUUACAAUCUUGUGAAAAUGAUGCAUUCGUUGAUGGAAAAUUCUACUACUACCUACAAUAAUCUACUUGUUAAUUACAAUAACAACGCACAGGUGUUGAGAAGCUAUGCUCAGUUUCUUGAAGAGUUUUUGUUUGAAUCCGAGCUUGCCGAAGAAUUUUACCAAGAGGCAAAUAUACUUGAAGAAGAGGACUCAAAGAAACGACGUUUUUCUGUGGAUAGGCAAGAUUUCAAAAAGAGAGGAUUGCAUUCUAACAAAGUUGUUCCCGUUAGCCUAAAUGACGAAGAUUUGAAGCUAAAUGCAUUUACAGAAUCCAAUGAAAAUGAUGUGGAUAACCUUGAAUCUGCUAGCCAGUAUGGAGAUAUCAAGAAAGACAAACAAACUAUUUACAGGUCGGCGAUCAACAAACCUUAUGAUAGCAAAGCAAAGUUUUUAUUUCUUCAAUCGCUAGGAGUUGUUUCAAUCAUAGUUAUUUGUAUCAUUCUUGGGAUGGCUUUAGGACUUUCUAAUGAUGGAGAAAGAAUAGCAACAGUUAAUGAUUUUUGUCAAAUAUCACCAGUUACAUACCUUGCAUUGUCGGGAGUCAGAUGGAUUCAAUUGAUAUCAGACAAAAACGGAACGGACUACUUUAUGACUGAAUAUAAGUCUCACAAAGAAACAAUCAAUAUUGCAAAAGGAAUUACCGAGAAAGUGAAAACCAUUGUAAACGAGCAAAAGUUUGCAGUUGAGAGCAUGAAAAGCUUUGUGGCUCCAAUAAUUACUAUUGAUAUUCCGAUUUUACAAACAGGAAACAUUACCUCACUUCUAUCAACUAAGAAAAACGCUUCAGUGGCUGAUAUGUCGGGAGAGCUUAUGACCAUUGUAUCAAAAAUCUACAACUGGAAAGUGGAAGAUUAUGCAAACAUUUUUCAAAAUUACGAAUUUCUUUACGUUUGGAUGAACAGAAUUGUACUUACCGAAUCUUUUGAAAAGUUUUGCUCAUCCUUGAUCUCUCGAAGCGAUUCUUUCCUUAAUCACGAGAAACAAGUCUUUAUUUUUACGUUGGUUGGAGUGCUUGUAGUUUACGUUUUAUUUAUAUUUGUGUUUAUUGUGUUCUCCUACAUUCAUUUAGGAGAGCUUUCCAAGCUCACAAAACUUUUUUCUAAACUUCCAAAAGAUAUUGUUGGUACAGUGUUUCAUAACCUUGAGCAACGAUCUGAGGACAAGAUUGUUAAGAUAGAAAGGUCGUUAUUUUCUCCAAAGAGAACAAUUUCUGCUUUAAUUGGUGGAAUAUUUGUUGUGACCGUAGUGGCCAGCGCGUUGUUAUUAUACGAGAGCUUAGACCUUAUGCAGUCGUCAUACAACACAAUGAUUAAGAUUGACGAUGGUGUCAAGGUGCUGCAGUCAAGCGAGAGAGAAAAAUUCAAACUUGGUGAAUAUCUUUUUGGUGACUCUUCAGUAUUGGGAACAAACAUGAAACAAUUUCACAAAGAGAUUAUUGAACAUUCUCAAAAUCUCAUGGCUGACUGGUUAAACUAUAGAUACGGAACAAUGCAAAAUAACUUUGCUGGAAUAAGUGGAAUAUCAUCAUCAAUUGAUAGCUUGAUAAUUUCCAAGCUAAACUGUACCUCUAACGAUACUUCUGCCUGCAUUGGAGUUGAUGAUCUGAUGGAUACUUAUAGUUUGGCUGCCGACAGAUUCAACGAAGAUGCUUUUAGAGGUACUUAUUCCAAAAAUGAGUUAAUCAAAAGGUACAACCAGUUGUUUGCAACAUCUGGACUAUUCUCAACCAAGAUGUACUCAAUUUUGACUCAAUAUGUCAAUGCUUUCAAAACUCCAAACAGAAUCAUUAGUCCUCUAGCUACCAGUAUUUCCAUAUUAUUACUUUUAGUGCUGGCUUACUUUAAAUAUUUAGAAGCUAGAAGAUUUGAUAAUGAAAACCACCAAUUACGAAGAAUGUUCAACUUCAUUCCCUAUGACGUACUAGAGCAAUUUGAUGAGAUACGAUCUUAUAUUUUGUACUAUUCGCUAACAGAUUUAAAGAAAAAGGCAAAGGGAGAGAAAUUUUCCAAAACAAAAGCCAUUUUGGAUGCUGCUGUGGACGGUGCCAUCGUUUUAAACAGUAGAACUGGAUUUAUUGACAUUAUCAAUCCAAGUGCGUUGAAUAUGCUUGGUUACAAACACGAAGAAUUACUGGGAACAUCUUUAUUGUUGUUAUUUAGUGAAACCAGCGCAGACAAAAUAAGAAGUGUAAUUGGUAACAUGGCAAGUGCUACCAGAAGCUAUGGUGAGUCGUUCGAGCUCGAGGCAAAAAGAAAGAAUGGAACAACCUUCCCGGCACAAGUUUCUAUGAGCGUCUCAUCUUUUGAAAAAAGCAACCUCAUUAGCGUUUUUAUUAAGGAUGUCACUUCCGAGAAAAAACACAACAUGCUUAUUGAGGAGGAAAAGAAAAAAAGCGAUGCCUUGUUACUUAACAUUCUUCCUGAGCAAGUAGCUGCUAGAUUAAAAGCUGGAGAAACCUACAUCAGUGAAAAAGUGGACGAUACAACAUGUCUCUUCAGCGACAUGGUCAACUUUACUAAAAUGUCUUCUGGAAUGACCGCCAUAGAUCUCAUUCAAUUGCUUAACACAUUAAUUAAUGGAUUUGAUCAAGGUAUUAACAAGUAUGGGUUAGAAAAGAUCAAAACAAUUGGUGACGCCUAUUUCGCUGUUGGUGGUCUUCACAAUCAACAAUCCGACCACCCUGAGAAAGUUCUCCGAUUUGCCAUGGAUAUGUAUUCAGUUAUUCAUGACUACAAUGUGGAAAAGAAGUCUACUCUCAACAUUAGAGUUGGCAUGCACACCGGCUCAGUGAUUGCAGGAUGUAUUGGUACUCUCAAAUUUGCAUACGAUCUGUGGGGAGAAACCGUCACACUUGCUUCCAAGAUGGAAUCGACAGGAAUACCAGGCCGUAUCCAAGUGACAAGACAAACCUAUGAAAGAGUUUAUGACUUGUUUGAAUUUGACGAAAGAAAAGGUGUUGAGGUUAAAGGAAAAGGCACAUUGACCACCUACAUGUUAAAAGCACAUCACCAUGUUUCUCCAAUUCCAUCCGAAGAGGAAGUUUUGUUAAGCGCCAGAGAAAAAGAGAAUCACAAACGAUUAGAGAUUCCAAUAGUAGUUCAAGUGCCAUCCAGUGAAGACUUAAAGGCGCCAGUCACCAAGUCCAUUGUGGUAUCACCUCGAGAGCCGAAAGAACAUGCUGUGUCUUCCUCGGAACUUAAAUUAGAAACCAAGGAAUAA